AUGGACUUAUCCAUGAGAAUGCUAAAUCUCUUGGCUCUAGUCAUUUGCCUGUAUGUUGGAGCCUGCUCCUCCACCAAUGUGGUGGGCUACUGCGGAGGCAGCGUGAGCAUCAAGUGUGAAUACGAGUCCCGGCACGGCGGCCGACCCAAAUACUUCUGCCAGGGAGAGCAGGGCAACUGCAAAGAGGUCAUACGCACCAGCAUCAAGAACAGGUGGUUCACCAAGGACCGCUACUCGCUGCUCGACAACGGGACGCAUUACUUCGCCGUGAGCAUCUCCGGGCUGCAGGUGACUGACUCGGGGAAGUACCAGUGUGGGGUGAGCGUGCGAGGAGAGGAACCUCUGGUGCAGACGGAGGUCAACCUGGACAUCAAGAAUGACCUCUUCACCUGCGGGAGGACCCUGGUGGAGACCGCACACACAAAUGAAGCCAUGAACGUCACCUGCCCGUACCUGGACGCCCACGUGCAUGCCGCCAAGUACCUGUGCAAAUCCUUCCGGAGCCAGGGUUGCAACUCCCGGGUGUCAGUGCGCGAGGAUCGCACCUGGGUGCACUCGGAGCGGAUCUCCCUGUUCGACGACCGACGGGCGCGGGUCUUCAUCGCCGUGCUGGGAGCGCUCGCCAGGCUGGACCGCGGGAACUACUGGUGUGGCGUGGAGACGGGCUGGGAGGACGGCGGAGAGAGCGGAUACAAGGCUCUCAUCCAGAGAGUCCAGCUCACCGUGUCUGAUGUUCCUCUGACAACUAUCCCCCCACACCCUCUGCAAGUAACUACAGGGCUAUCUACCAUUGUCCAUAACUUUAGCACAGAUUCAGCUACCACUCAGCCAAACGGUAGGACUGAGGAAAAAAGUCAUCACCCUCUCUUUCUCCUUCCCGCAAACUGCACCAUCGGAUAUCACAUUUAUGUUCUGCUUGCUCAUUGACAGGGCUCACA